UAUCUUUUUUUGUCUUUCUUUCAUUGCUAUCAUCAUCACCACCGACGCUGACAGAAUUGUUGUCAGCGCCUCCUACCGAAUCCAUCGCAAGAAUAGGCCGAUGUUCCGAACUUCCAUUCUCUGAAGACAAUAGUUUUUUAAAAGGUUUUCAGAGAUACAAAAGAAAAACAGAUCCAUUUGGGAAACCAAAACCAUGGAAGAUUUCAGAUCCAAUUCGGUUGCAGAUGGAAGGAUGCAGAUGGAGAGCUACGGUAGUGGUGGUGGUGGGGUGGGACCCACUACAUCUGGGUUCAACAGUAUGCAAGAUCUCAGGUGCUACAGUGCUUCAUACGCAACCUCGGCGCAAACAAACCAAACCCAGGUCGGAAAUGAUGCCAAGUUCAAGAAGGGAAAGUCCACAAAUGGGUCGAUCUCGAAUAGCUGGAGUUUCAAUGAUCCGGAGUUGCAGAGGAAGAAGAGGGUCGCUAGCUAUAAGGUAUAUACGGUGGAAGGGAAGGUCAAAGGGUCGCUGAGAAAGACCUUUAGGUGGCUUAAGGACAGGUACUCCAGGGUUUUGGAGGGGUGGUAGUAAGAAAGAAGAAAUUUCUUUUGCAGGUUUUGGGUGCUUGUCUUGUUUUCUAAGGCUGUUCAAUUCGACUUGGUGUACUGUGUAUGUCUUUGAAUGGAAUGUUGCGUAUAUUUAUAGGUAUGAGGUUUUAUGGAUUCGAAAUGUUGGGACUUUUGCCUUUUUCGAUGAAUAAUGUUGGGUAUGGUUUGUAUAUUAUGCAAUUUAUUUAUACCAAUUUGGAAAA